ACUAUGAAGAUGGCGGCAGCAGCGCUGUACUGUGUCUGCCAGCAGUCUUAUGAUGUUAGCCGGUUUAUGAUUGAAUGCGACAUUUGUAAGGACUGGUUUCAUGGCAGCUGUGUCCAAGUGGAAGAGCACCAUGCCGUCGACAUCGAUGUUUACCACUGUCCCAACUGUGAUGUCCAACACGGACCCUGCUUGAUGAAAAAGCGUAUCAACUGGCACCGGCACGACUACACAGAGCCUGACGAUGGCAGCAGGCUAGUGCAGGCGGGGACCUCUGUGUUUGUACGAGAGCUGCAGAACAGGCCCUUUCCCAGUGCGGCUGAGAUCCUGGUGCAGAUGCAGGGGCAUCAGGUAACACAGAAGUACCUGGAGAAGCAGGGCUUCAGCUACCCCAUCGCCGUUCCCCAACUAGGCGGACUGGGUCUCAAGCUGCCCCCCUCCAGCUUCUCUGUCAGGGAUGUGGAGGAGUAUGUUGGUGGUGACAAAAUCGUGGAUGUCAUUGAUGUUGCCAGACAGGCAGACAGCAAAAUGAAGCUUAGAGAGUUUGUCAAGUAUUACUACAAACCUCAUCGGCCAAAGGUGCUGAAUGUGAUCAGUCUGGAGUUUUCAGACACCAAGAUGGCAGAGCUGGUGGUAGUGCCUGAUAUCGCUCAGAAGAUGUCCUGGGUGGAGAACUACUGGCCAGAUGACUCCUUCUUCCCCAAGCCCUUUGUUCAGAUGUACUGCCUGAUGGGGGUGAAGGACAGCUACACAGACUUCCACAUAGACUUCGGAGGCACAUCCGUGUGGUACCAUGUACUCUGGGGAGAGAAGAUUUUCUACUUGAUCAAGCCGACCCAGGAUAAUCUUGCACUAUACGAGGUGUGGAGUUCGUCCCCCAAUCAGAGCGAGGUGUUCUUCGGGGACAAGGUGGACCAGUGCUACAAGUGUGUGGUGCCGCAGGGAACCACCGUCCUCAUCCCCACAGGAUGGAUCCAUGCUGUUCUCACCUCUCAGGAUUGCAUGGCGUUCGGUGGGAACUUUCUCCACAACCUCAACAUAGGCAUGCAGCUCAGGUGUUAUGAAAUGGAGUGGCGGUUAAAGACUCCGGACCUCUUCAAAUUCCCUUACUUUGAGGCAAUCUGCUGGUACGUGGCCAAUAAUCUACUGGAGACACUAAAAGAGUUACGAGAGGAUAACUGCCAGCCCCCAGUCUACCUGACAGAUGGAGUGAAAGCCUUGAUUACUACACUGAAAAACUGGCUGAAACGAGAGGUCACAGAGCAGGCCAGUGAGGUCCCGGACCAUAUCAGACCCAACCAUCUGAUUAAAGAACUCACAAAGGAAAUCCGCUACCUGGAGGAGGAGGAGGAGCAGAGUGUAGGUAGCAAGCCAGUGAAAUCUCAGGGAUGUGGACCGUGCCCACUGAUGCGGUCGACUCUUGACAAGGCUAGACAUCAUGCUCGCAGGACAGCCAGACGGCUACGGCACCACCACCACCACCACCAUCAUCACCAUGCGCCCAAGACCCCCUCCAACCUGGAGAUCCUGGAGCUGCACACGCGACAGGUGCUCAAGAGGCUGGAGGUGGGACCCUUUGAGGAGGAUGUCCCGUUCAGCUCCACGGUGAUGGCCAAGUUCAAUAAGACGUCCAUGGCGUCUGCUGCAGCGGUGGAGAGGAGCCUGGACAACAACCUCCUUCUGGUGAUGUGCAACGGCAGGAUUAUUAGAGAUGAGCGUCGUCACACAAGGGUGAAGAGUAGUCCGGUGCGGGACGGUAAGAGGACUGGCGACCACCAGAGGGAAGGGCUCCUGGUGAAGACCGAGCUCAAUGACAGCAAGCUGGAACAAGACCAAGAGAGAGAGGAGAAACCCAGCCCCCUCAGCAGUGAGUCUAACUGGUCAAGUCACCAGCUGUCAAUCAACGGUUUAGAGUUUUUCGAAAGAGUGAAUUCCGAUCUCAGGAAAGGAGCCGUAGUGUACUCCGACAUUUCAGACUCUGAGUCCGAAGAACGUUGCUCUAUGCAGAAAAAGGACUCCUCGGGGGAAGAUUCGGGGAGCUCCGAGGAGGAGGAAAGAGAGGAUAAGGAGCAUUGCAGGAUGGCGCGAGGCAGUGUGAAGGACCUACACCAGGCCAGCCAGGCCCUUCACCACUUUGACAAACCACUCAAAGGACAACGCCCUACCUCUCCAACCACAGAAGAGGAGGCUAUUGAGGGCAUGCUGUCCAUGGCAGGGCUGCUUUAUCCUCAGCGACCAGAGGAGAGCAGCACUGCCCAGGAGCCCUGGUGGUCCAGCCUGGCUCAUCAGUCCCCUGACAGUGGUGGAAAAGAGCCUGUGUCAGGGGAUGAUUCAGACAGCAACUCCACACUGAGCCUUCAGGAUGAGCGGAGGGCACAGCAGCAUGUGCAUAAGGAGUGUCGAGCCAAGCUUAGCCAGAGGAUCCAGGAGAACAAGAACUUCAUGGACAAUCAAAGCAGUGGGAGUAACAGUAACAGCAGCGAGGCCUGGGGUGACCAAAGCCCGUCUCAGGCUGCCUCUAGCCCCCUCCGCCUGGACCUCAGCUCAGGGACUGACUACCAGUACAGUGAGACUUCCCUGUCACCCCCCCGGCACCCCUCCAAGAGGCCUGCUCCAAACACCCCACCCAUCAGUAAUCAAGCGACUAAAGGAAAACGUCCUAAGAAAGGUAUGGCCACCGCUAAGCAGAGACUAAGGAAGAUUCUCAAGCUGAGCAGGAACAACCACUUCUUGCUAUAGCACUCAAGACCCUGAUGUCUACAGAAAUAACUUUGAGAAGGGACAACUCGCCCCCCUGCCCAUAUACUCUUUCGGUUGUAACUCACAUUUUACAAAAAUCAUUGCUUGGAUGGAUUGACCUUAGUCAGUUAACUUGAGUGCACUCUUUUUAUUACAUUUUUUGUGUGAUUAAUCGCAUUGUCUGAAAGCGUUCAAAAUAAACUGAAACAUCCAAAAUACAUAAUCUAUACAGAUAAAAACAACGAUGCGAUGUCCAAACAAGUUGACAUUUAGGUUAAAGAAAGUGUGCUUUAUCAAUUUACCUGAUUUGGCUAACCGUUACUUUGGACAAAAUCAAGACUUGAAUAUUUUUGUAAUGCUUUUCGUAUAAAAAAAUAUAAAAUUACAGCUCAAUUUGAGCAUAUUCUGAAUUUGCGAUUUAAUCGUGAUUAAUCACAGCAAAUCCUGGAAUUAACCCAAUUUAUUUUAUCAUUUGACAGCCCUAAUUGGAUAACAAGAUAAUGGAUUUACAGAAGAAAGCACACAGUUUCCCAUGGUGAAGUGUGUUGGUUUGGUCUGACUUAAGAUCAAGAAUGAUGCUAUGGUGUUUGAACUAAUUUUAAAUGGUGCUGAAGUGCAUAUUCAUGUUAUCCUUUCGUCUACCCUCUUGUUACAAUCACCAGUGAUUGAAUUUGAGAGGGGGGUAUAUUUUGAUGCAGCACUCCAGGCACCUCAGCCUCGCGGUAUGUAAAAGCUAUCUGUCGCUAAUACAUUAAGCCAUUCCAAGAAUACCUCUCCCAACACAUUAAGUUUACAGGUUCUGUUUACUGAAGGGAUUACGACUCCUCAUUGCUCUAUAGUUGGAUCACUGACCAUAUCAAAUGUGUUCCUUUGGGGCCACCUAUUGGUCAAAGGAGGGCAGGAGCUUGAAAGUGCUGUUAUUAUGAAAGGUUUUUGAAAUUGCAAAAAGCUAUCAAGUAGAAAAUGUACAGAAUGUAUAAACAGAAAAUAUAAGUUAUCCUUAAUUUAUUUAACUUUCUCUUUUGGUGUUUGUGUUUUAUUGUUUUUCUUUUGCUGGUAUUGAAUUAUGUAUCGUGAAAAAAGUUAAUAAUGGCUUUGAUAUGACAAUCCUGUUACAAUGGUUAAUGUAACUGGUGUGUGAUUAUUUUUUUAUAUUCGCUAACAGGUUGUAUAUGUUGCCUCUAUCACAUUUGUAUGGGUGGAUUUAAGCAAAAAUCUACUAACAUGUGGACCUAAAUUAGAUUUGAAAUGUUUGGGAGAUGAUACACAUUUCUUAUCUUCUAGGUCGGCUAAGAUUGAUAUUAUGAAAUAAUAUUUGUCUUACUCGUUAGUAUGAAUUUUUUUAUUUUUUUUAUUUUUAUAAAUGUGUCUUCAGUGACACUGAUAAUUUUAUAAUUGUACAAAGUGUAUGUGAGAAAUGUAAUUAUGGCUACUGAUCUAGUUAUUGUUAGUGUUAUGUUUAUUUUCCCUAUCACUAUACCCUUGGCUUGAAAGACCUCAGGUUGGAUUUUGAAUUGGUGGUGUUUUUUUGUUGGUGAUAAUGCCAAAAAUGUGAUUCCCAUGAAUGGGCGAAGUGAGAGAUUGCUCCUGUUGGUGUCUUUCUCAGGGACACAUUCUCUUGACUUAAGAAACAUUUAUUUUUAUUUUUAUAAGCAACAUGAAAUGACCCAUCAUCGUUGACACUUUCUGAUCAUUGAUUUUAUUUACAAAAAAAAAGUUGCAUUGGUAUUACGAGUGUUACUAGGAAACCCC